CCCUCGCCGUGCUAGGAUUGGCGGACUGGGCGCAUCACUGUAAUGCGGAGAGGCGAUCCUGCCUGCGGGUUUAUUAGCGCACAUCUGAUGAAUAUAAGAUCGACACCGAGGGUUUAAUCACUCACAGGUCACACAGAUGUGGAAGAGCACCAGGAGAGAGGGAUGCGAGAGGCUCUGAUGUCCAGGGAUAUAUCUGGGUCAUCUGGAAGAAGAAGAAGAAGGAGGAGGAGGAGGACCUGCUGAAAAUGCGGUGACUUGGAGAUUUCUGUGGGAAAACGCGCUUUGCCUUUAUGAAGCAAAGCUGAUCCUUCUACAGGUCGUUUAACCGACACCAGCAACCCAGAUGGAGAUGCUACUCGUUUAUCUGAUGGUUGCUGUAAUGGCGCUGAAAGCCCAGAAGAUCCAGGUUUGCCCGAAGCGCUGCAUCUGCCAGGUUCUGUCCCCCAAUCUGGCAACCCUGUGUGAUAAAAAGGGUCUGUUGUUCGUCCCUCCGAACAUCGACCGGCGCACCGUCGAACUCAGACUGGGGGACAACUUCAUCACGGGAAUCAAGCGCAAGGACUUUGCCAACAUGACCAAACUGGUGGACCUGACUCUCUCGAGGAACACCAUCGGCUCCGUCACGCCUCACGCCUUCAACGACCUUGAGAACCUGCGCGCGCUUCACCUGGACAGCAACCGCUUGACACAUAUAACCAACGACACGUUUAGCGGCAUGUCAAAGCUGCACCAUCUAAUCCUCAAUAAUAACCAGCUCACACACAUCCACAUCGGAGCGUUUAACGACCUCCUGGCUCUCGAAGAGCUCGAUUUGUCCUACAACAACUUGGAAAGCGCGCCUUGGAUCGCGAUCCAGCUCAUGAUUAGCUUGCACACUUUAAACAUGGAUCACAACAUGAUCAACUACAUCCCUGAAGGAACGUUCUCCGGGCUUCAGAAGCUCAAGCGACUGGACGUCACGUCCAACAAGCUGCAUAAGCUUCCGCCCGAUCCGGUUUUCCAGCGCGCAGGAGUUCUGGCGACAUCAGGCGUCUUGGGUCCGUCGUCGUUCGCGUUGAGCUUCGGGGGAAACCCGCUGCAUUGUAACUGCGAGUUGCUGUGGCUUCGACGGCUACGGCGCGAGGACGAUCUGGAGACAUGCGCGGCGCCACAACAUCUCGCCGGACGCUACUUCUGGACCGUUUCCGAGGAGGAGUUCUUGUGCGAGCCGCCGCUAAUCACUCGACACUCGCAGGAAACCCGUGCGCUUGAAGGCCAGCAGGUUUCUUUACGAUGCAAAGCCCGCGGGGACCCGGAUCCCGUCAUACACUGGAUCGCUCCCGACGGCAGGCUAGUGUUCAACUCCAGUCGGACCGUCGUCCACGCCGACGGAACGCUGGAUAUCCUGAUCAGCACGGUGAAGGACUCGGGGUCGUUUACUUGUGUUGCAUCAAACCCGUCUGGGGAGGCUCAGCAAACGGUGGAACUGACCAUCACGAAACUCCCGCACUUCACCAACGACACCAGUUUGGUCCAGGAGCCGGACCCGGGAUCCUCCGACAUCGCCACUUCUGCCAAGACCGAAGCCGGCUCUGCCAUAGGCAACACUAAGGGAGGGCAGGAGAAGAGAGUCCUGAUCUCUGACAUCACCGCUUCCUCGGCGCUGGUGAAGUUCAACUUCCAGAGGAAUAUUCCCGGGAUCCGGAUGUUCCAGGUCCAAUACAACGGCACUUACGACGACUCGUUAGUGUACAGGAUGAUUCCUCCGACCAGUAAAAGCAUCACGGUCAACAACCUGGCGGCCGGCACGAUGUACGACCUCUGCGUGCUGGCGAUCUACGACGACGCCAUGACCACGCUAACGGCCACGCGCGUGGUGGGCUGCGUGCACUUCUCCACGGAGCCGCAGUACAUGCGCUGUCACUUCAUGCAGUCGCAGUUCCUCGGCGGCACCAUCGUGGUGAUCAUCGGCGGCGUCAUCGUAGCGUCCGUCCUGGCGUUCAUCAUCUUCCUCAUCGCGCGCUACCGCGUGUGCCAGCCCGACGGCGCGGACAAAGCCGUGGAGCUCGGCGACAUGCGCUCGCAGUCUCAGGUUUGCGGCGUCAUCAAGUCCAUGUCCAAGCAGAUUCUGGGUCCGGAUGCGUGUCGGAAAGUGUCGCCGGAGUCGGAAACCGUCCCGGCUAAACCGUCGAAUUGCACCGUUAGCACAUCCGCGGCUAGCCAUAGCUGGCAUCCGGCGUCCCCGAGUCCAUUGCGUUCGGUGCGCGACACGCAAAUCAACAUAGAGCCGCCGGACAACUCCAACAAGAACAACUCGGCUAAGGUCCGCCACCCCACCGUACGCGCGUACUCCACCAUGGUGACGCCGGCGUCCCGGAGAGCACAGCUCCAGAACCUCCACCAGUACAAGACGGUGCCGGUGGGAUGUGUCCGGGUUAGCCGGCGUCACUCCCUCAACGUAGAGACAUAUAAACACCCGUAUACGGGUCUGAAGCAUCCGUCCGCGAGCCUGAGUCGCUCCCAGCGCAGUCUAUCCGUGAGCGGGGGGGAUAUCCCCAAGAUGGCCGCCGGAGAGAGACCGAGGUCGGCUCUGACCCAGUCGGAGUGGGUUCUGGAAAGCACAUUAUAAUGGAGGAUUGUGCACUUCACUUGUGUGGGACACCUGAUGUGUGUGUGUGUUACUGCAAAUGAUCCGUCUUGUUUUUUACAGCACAAAUAUCUAAACAUUCUUAAAUCAAGAUAUUUAGUGGAGAAGAAGCGAAACGGCUGAAAAACCCAUCGAAAUUGAGUGAGUUUGAGCUUAAAAGAAGAACAAAAAUCUGCCAUG